UCAUUCCCUAUAAUGAAUCAGCCGUUACCGAAGGGAUUUAAUAUGGAGCCUACAAGUUACCUCGGGAAUUCCAGAGUCGUGCUCAACCACUACGAUGUGUCGACGCAGGCCGAUAUUCAGCAUACGGCGCUAAGCUAUGAAUCAGAAGAUGAAAAUAUGGGUCGGCUCCAUUCUCGAGGUAGACGUGGAACUCCAUUGUACAGCAAGCAGGACAUCCGCGAACAAUACUGCAUAUCAGAUCGGGGGUUGGGAGCUCUCGAAGCUGACCGACGUAGCUUAUUCAGUUGUUUAUCUACACACCAAAAUUCGCCGUGCUCAACGAAAGCGUCGAUACUUACCGUUUGCGUAAAACAGAAAAUUCCGUCGGACGAAAACAUUCACGACCUUCUCAAGAGAUAUCCGUUCGAAUAUGCGUCGUAUCAUAGGAGAGCGAGGUAA